UCCAGCCCUCCAGAUGGCGAUAUAAUGCCUUAUCCUGAUUUCAGCUAACCCAUUUCCUAACGAGGUAGAAGCUUCCUGCUUCUGGUUGUAAACAGAAAGGAGUUGCAGCUGGCUUUGGUGGCCCACACUGCACAGGCAGGUCAACCACACUUUUACAGUAGCUGUGUCUAUUUACAAUAUAUGAUAGAAUCUCCAAGAGGUGAAAAGUGCGACAGUUGAAGGGGGAAUAGAUCUCUAAAUUGGAGGAACAGAGUUUGGUGGUGUGUACAGUGUGUGAAUGUACAGACAGCAGCAUGGCCAGUGGACAGCUGUACAGAGAAGAGGCGUUGGCGUGUGUGGGGUGCAGACAUGCGUGUCACAUAUUGCUCUAUGCAGACACAGAAGCUCAGCUGUUUGAAGAAAUCCCCAUCAGACACAUCGUACUGAUGCAGAUGCGUUUCGAUGGUCUGUUGGGUUUCCCUGGCGGUCUCGUUGACCCGUCAGAAGAAUCCCUGGAGGAGGGCCUGAGCAGGGAACUGUGGGAGGAGCUGGGCUUCUCACUGUCAGUGACCGUGGAGGAUCAUGUGUCUUCCUGCCACAACCCUUCCUCCUCUUCAUCUUACCUCAUCACUCACUUCUACGCCCGGAGAAUGGAAGAGAAAGAGAUCAGGGAGGUGGAAAAGGCAGCUGCUAGCACAGCAACAGACCAUGGCCAUGAGGUGAUGGGGAUGGUCCGAGUUCCUCUCUACACCAUAAAGGGAGGAGGAGGGCUUCCCUCGUUUUUGUCCCACUCCUUUAUUGGGAACUCUCGCUCUCAGCUGGAGGACGCUCUAGUGCGCUUCGGCCUGGUCACACCCGAGGAGCUACAGACAGCACUCACACAUGCAGAGCAGAGGAGGAGACAACCUUAGUGGGGGGGGGGGGGCAGCCUAAACACACACACACAAU